AUGCUCCAUGAAAUACUCCUCGCCUUGUCGGGCCAUCAGUCUCCCCUUUUUGACCAGAAAAAGGGUGGCCCUGCCCAAGACGGUGUCCCGUUCCUCUCUCCCGCAGAGCUCGCCCUUCUUCAGCCAAUAGCGGAGCUAUGUCGUCUGCAUACGUUGCUACGCAAACAUACAUCGCAAAUAUCUUCGUCACAUACUUCGACAAUCUGCCGGGCGGUGUCAACCAAUAUUUCUACGAUGCAAUUGGGAAAGUUUCAGAAGCAAAUAUUGGAGGUAGAAACGGCAAUACUGGCAAAUGAUGCUCGGUAUGUUGGCGGCCAUGGGAUUGUACCGCUAUCUACCAUUCGCUCGGAAUUUUUGCCUUGGGUAGCGAGGUUACAGUGGUUAUGGAAAAUCACACAGUUCAUGUCCCCAGAUGCGGAUGAGGACGCCCCCGGAAGAAAACCAGCAGAGAGGGUAUGCACGGGAGCCAGCUUGAUUGAUCAUCUCCGAAGAGAAUCUCACACUGGAUAUUUGGACCUAGAAGACAUGGCACUUCAACUGAUAAAUGCUGCAGAGACAGCAUUCAUGCGUCAACUCUCCAUGUUCAUUUUGUAUGGCCAACUACCCGCGUUUGGUCGGGGAGACUUCUUCAUCCAGGAGUGUCCAUCAGCCGCGUAUGAGAAACCAACCAAUACCACCGACUUCGACAUUCGAACGAACCUAAUGCCAAAAUUUGUGUCUCCCUCAACUGCCAACUCGAUCUUAUUCAUUGGCAAGUCCUUAAACCAUAUAAGGGCACAGGGGAAAUUCUCCGCGGGAGAUGAGUCCAUUUCCUCACUAUCCAAGUUAACGCUUCAUGGGGAUUAUCUUGAUCACCUCUCGGCCGUUUCUUCACCGAUAUCCCCUGCUGCACUCACAAGCGCAAUAUCGAAGAUACGAGUCACCUUGUCGCAGACUGCCCUGUCCGAGCUUCUUCCACUACCUAAGAUUGUAGAUAUUAUAUCGUUGUUGCACGAUUUCCUCUUAUUAGGACGUGGCGAGUUUGCCAUGGGACUGGUUACAUUCGCUGAUGAGCUUGUCAGAGGGAGACAUCGGAAAGCUGAACUAUUGAGGUCCGGGAAAGACAGUGGCUAUUUGUUAGAGAGUCUUGCGGUUAAGGAGGGAGAAGUGAUGGCAGUCUUGUCUCAAACAUGGGCGGAGCUGUAUCUGCAGCAGAAUGAAGAGGAUCCUGUGGAUGAUGAACUCGAUCUAGCCAAAGAAAUUUUACGUCUUUCCGUUAAGGACUUGAAUGACAACCAAUGGCCAGAAACUACAAAAGAAGUUGCAGCUACCAGCUCAUCAAUAUCCGUAUCUGAGGUUUCUUUCAAUAACGCUCUGUUUGGUACUCCAACAACCUUAUCCCUUGAUGUUCAGCCCCCUCUGGAUUUAUUUCUCUCGCAAGGAGACAUGGGACUAUACUCGAAAGUCCACGCCUACCUGCUUGCUAUUCGUCGAGGCCAAAUUCACCUGAGUAAUCUAUGGAAGCUGUCAUUUCUCCGAAGAACCCAUCCGGCGCCUCCGCUAGCCAACAAACGUGGAGGGCAAGCAAGAUGCAGAUCAAAUCGGGAGCGAGCUCAUACCAGAGCUGCUGCUAUCAGGCCAAUCUGGAUCACUGCAAGUAGGGCCCUAUUCAUCCUGUCAGAACUUACCGGGUACAUGCAGGGCGAGGUUAUAUCUAACUCAUGGCAACACUUGAAACAAUGGCUGGAUGAUGUUCUACCAACACCAUCGCGUAGCUCGCGACCUGGAACAGCGGUCUCAUCAGCCUCCCGGCCAGAUAAUAUCGCUACAUCAUUUCGUCGCAGCAGUCAGGGGGAACCGCCAACACAUUCAGAAACCAAUCAAUCUCGACAUGACCCGGAAGCAAUCACAGCUGCCCACCGCGCCCACCUGACCUCUAUUAUUCAGUCCAUAUUUAUAACAGACAUACCGUUUACUCGAACACUCCGCAGCCUUUUAACAGCCAUCGACCAUCUCAUUGCUAUGAUUACCCGUCUCGAACCUGUACAGCAGAGUCUUGACCUGGAAACUGACGAAGGGGUUGUGGAUUCCCUAGCCGACUACGCUGGGGAAGAAAGGCGAAUUAUGCAUGACCUUCGUGCAGCCAGGGUCGAGGUCGACAGUGGACUCACAGAGCUCAUUUCUCGUCUGCGCGAUAUUGACGACAAUCGAUUUGGGGAUGACGGUAAACGGCCAUUCGAUCUGGGAAACAAUGGUGGUGAUAAUAUAAGUGGAGGUGAAUGGAUGUUUGGUGAGGGCACAAAUGCAUACGUACCAUUCAAGCCAGCCGGUGUGGAUCAGCUGUUGAUGAAGUUGGACUUUCUCAGCUCGCAUCAGAAGGCUGAUGAUGUAGGCGGGUUUGAAUUCGGGCAACACUGA